ACGAGAAAUCAUUCACCAUCGGUCCCUUUCGGCUUUCGCCGGUAGCUUUACGUGGUCUCGCUUUAAUAUGUAUUUAUCUUUAGGUUUUGGCUUGCUCGCUUGGAGAGAAGGAAGAAGGCACAUGAACGGCAAGGGCUUCGUUGGGGUCAAGGGAAACCCUAGAUUCAAGGGAGGUUGAUCUGGAGAGAGCGUCUCUUAUUGUGAACAACAAGUGAUUCCUCUUUUAAGUCGCUCACCUUUUUCGCUACGGUGUUUCCCUUCUGCUGCAGAGUCAAGCUUUAGCUUCAAGAAUCUUCUAAUACACUGUUGCCAAGAGAAAUCAUGGCAGGCUUUUCACGUCGUUUGAUUGCCUGCUUGCAAACUGGAAAGCUUGCUUUUUUAGCACUUUUGGUAGCAUCUGGAAUUGUGUUGCAGGUUUUGGCUUGUGCUGUAUAUAAUAACUGGUGGCCCAUGCUAACAGCUGUAAUGUAUGUCAUUCUUCCAAUGCCUUUGCUAUUCUUUGCUGGUUCUGAUAGCUCGUCACUAAUGUCCAGUGAUUCAGAUAGCUGGGUGGAUAUCACUAAGUUUCUUACAGGUGCGUCUAUAGUAGGAAGCAUUGCCAUUCCUUCCAUAUUAAAGCACGCAGGCAUGAUCUGCUUAGGAGCUCUGCUGAUGGAGCUCUCUUCCUUCUUUGUCUUUGGCUUGGCCAUUCUUUUGUUCCUUGUAAUGAAUCGAGAGGAUGAUUACAGUAUAUAGUGAGAAUAUGAAGGCGAUGAGCGAGUGUGUAAGCUUGUUAUUUGAUUAAUGAUUGAUCUGUACAGAGCUGCUGCCGCUUUCCUUUAGAUUCUGUACAUGCUGUGUAUCUGCAUGGAUGUUACAGAUACAUAUUUUUAAUAAUUACUUUUCUAAUCUUUUUUUUUU